AUGGUUUACUGUGGAAAGGCAUCACAGGGCUGCCAGAACUGUCGAACGAGACGCAUCAAGUGCGACAAAGUCCGCCCUCAGUGUGCGCAAUGCAUCCGGGUGGGUAAGCCAUGUCCCGGGUACCGAGACCAGCUCUCGUUGAUGUUCCGGGAUGAGAGCAGCAAAGUCAUAAAAAGAGCACACCAGCAGUGGGGUGUGCCGGAUACAUCCGAACAGGGAGAAGGGUCAGGAUCUUCGCCAACGCCAUCAACAUCUUCAUCUUCCUCGGCCACCUCGCCAACGUCGACAUCAACAGCAUCUCCAAUUAGUAUACGACGUCGGCUGGCAGCCUCCCAAUCACCACAAUCGGCAUCAUCGGCGAUCAUCUUCAAACGAGAAGCCCCCGAACUGGGGUACAGAGUGCCCACGGAGAUAUCCAUCAAUGCCGUGGACAGGGCUAUUCAGUUUUACAUUGAGCAUUAUGUGAUUGGACUUCCAGAUGAGCCAAAGGUCGGGCAGGAGCUUCAAGGAAGGCCAUGGGUCCACUCAGCAGUAACGCGAGAAAUCAUGGCAGCCGUUGGGCUGGCCAGCUUGUCCAACAUUAACGGCGACAAGAAAUUCAGUACGUUAUCGAAACAACACUAUGGGCGUGCGUUGCACAAUAUUUCGUCCUCCAUCAUGGCCAGGCAUGUUCCGGAGCUUGACCUCGAUGUCAUCCUCCGAGCUGUAGUCAUGAUGGCCAUGUACGAGGUUGUUCGCGGAAGAGACGAGAAGCCAGCCCCUGGAGCGCGAACUCAUAUCAUGGGCGGUGCUGCCAUUCUAACAAGCUUUUUGCCCUUUCACCAAUCGCAAUCUGAAGGUCUCCGCGGGCUCCUCCAGCUGUGCUUUUCCAUGAUAGCGUCGACCCAGGGCGCCUUCCAGUACACGUCACCAGAACCAAACAACAUGAUCCCCUCCCGACCAGAGCCACAAACCGGCGAAGGAGGCCUACCCCCACCAUUCCAACAAUGGCUUUCCAUGGGCGCCAACAUGGCCACACCAAAGGAGAUACCAUCGACCGAACUUAUCCUCCCUGUGGUAGAGUUCGUCAAGCUAUCAGGCUAUGUACGAAGCCAACACUUUAUCGACGGACAGCAAGCCACCACCGACAUGAUCGGCACAGCUCUUGCUCUAGACGCGCAGUUUGGCGCCUGGGAGGAUCGCCAGGACGGACCAUGGACCGUCAUCGAAGAGCAAGUCAGCGACAACUUCUUCCCACCAGAUGCGGUCUUUGAGGGCCGUUAUCACAUCUACACCGACAUGUACUUUGCCCGGAUAUGGAAUCAUUACCGCUGGGCGAGAAUUAUGCUCAGCCAGCUCCUCAUCGAAAGCGUCCAGCGCUUCCCGAGCAGCAGCUCGUCUCUUAUAUCCGACAAGAAAAUACAGCAAAUACAAGACUGCCUUGUCCGUCUUGUGAGGGACACACUCAUCUCCAUCCCAACACACUACCGGCAUCCAAACCUCCAACCUGAACACCUCGAAUACUUUGACAAAACGCAAGGCGGCGCAGUGAUUGGUAUUGCAGGAAUACCGACGUUAUUAUUCGAGAUCAAAGUCGCGGGAGUGGCGCCCGGGAUACCGAGGCAUUACCGAACGUGGGCGAUGGGGAUACUGGAGACGAUAUGGGCCAAGAUGGGGAUGUACCAGUCGAAGGUGUUGUCGGGUAUGCUGGCCAAGACUAUUGAGCCGGAGGGGUCACCAGAAAGGGGGUCGCCUGUUUGGAUCAAGGAGGAGGGAUAUCCAUGA